CAAAGUGUCUACCGUGUCCCAAUCACCACCACCACCACCACCACCACCACCACCACUCCAAUCGCUACCUACCUCCCCAGCCGGUUCGGCCUCUCGGCCACAGCGAAAACAGCAGUGGUAGGAACAGCAAUGGCACCGCCAGUCCCCUUCCGUGAGGCAAUGAUCUCGCCGGUAGGAGACAUGCUCAUUCACCUACUCACACCCACGCACACACUGUAUCACAAAGCCUCCGCAAGCAUACUAAUCACCAUGUCAAAGGUAUUCUCAGUAAUGCCAUGCCCUACCUCACUAUUCUCUGAAGCUCAGCGCGUUAACAAUCUCCCGUACUCCUCGACGGAGCCAUUCGUACUAAGUCUCCACGACGACAACCCCGUAGUGCUCUAUAUCCUACUGAAAGCCUUACACAGUCACCCACCCGUUCCCCGGUGAUUAUCAUUCAAGCAGCUGAUAAAGAUGGCCUUGGUAGUGGAUGAGUAUGACGACUGCUCACACGCGACGAGGAAGUAAGGCGAAAGUUGGAUGAAGUGCUGGACGUCUCUAGUCGAGAAGCGGUGCCAGGAGUGGUUAUUCAUAGCAUGAGUGUAGGGUGUGGAGAAUAUUUGCGCAAAGUUGUUUAAGAAGGCAGUUGGAGGCUUGUGUCCAGGGGGUUGAGGGGAGUAUAGAUAAAAUUCCAAUUUUCAAGGUAAAGGAAAGUAGAGGUAAGCCCAGAGAGUUUGUGCCCAAAGCCGUGUUACGUAGUACCGGUAUAUCCAUCCCCAGCCAGCCAGCUCCGCUAGGAUUCUGAUGAAGAAAUCGCGAUAUCAGAGAAGCGAUAUCAAGUGGCAGCACUCAGCUCCUCACUCACGUAGGACUGGUGUUUACGCCUCUUUUUAACCGCUACCAACCUUCACAACCGCUCCUCCAGUGCGCUGCCACACCUCCCGACCUCAGCUGCGAUGCUCUAGUAUUCUCUAUCUUGUAUCGCAAGCUCUCCGAAUUAAACCUUCUUCUUUGGAACACAAUCGAGGGCUUGGACAAGUUUACGGUUAACAAAGUAGUGGGCUGGGUCCUCAACAUAACUCCCUGGUCCCUGAUCUGAGAAGGAGGGAUGAAAAUUCUGUCUUUUGAAAAGCAUAGAGAGAAAUGCGAUCCACUCAAGAAACUUGCAGCCGAAGUUAAGCUAGCUAUAUCUAGGGGCGAGGGGAGUAAAAAGCGGGAGAUG